AUGGAUACGUGUUACAAUGUUUAAGCUUAAAAGUCGUAUUGCAUACGUGAUGAGGGGUAGCCGCGUGUAAGUGGCGCACCGUCUAGAACAAGCCAUAUGCAUGGGGCUAAAGCUACACGACCGACGCAUCCGUGAAUUUUGAUCAUGACGAUUGCCGCUGCCUAAUGCACUGCCGUUGGUAUACGAGUAAUACGGUGACAACUUUAAAAAAGGAACGAAAGUACGCGCUUGUCCAGCAGUUAUGAUUCAUUCGUCGAGAUGAUAAUCUCAAUCAGAUAACUUCCAUCUACUCGUUUUCUUCAUCAUCAUGAGAGUCACAAUCGCCGCAGCUGGUACUAGAACAGGUGCAGCCACCAUUCAAUCAUUAAUAAAAAAAGAAACAGCAAACACCGAGAUCUACACGUGCUACCGCAAUCUCGCCAAGGUGCCCGAUGCGUUCAAGGAGUAUCCGGGCUUCCAUGCUGUCCAAGCUGAUGUCAACGACAAGUCUUCUCUUGAUUUUGCCGGAUCGCACUCCGUGCUAGCCAUGACGCCGCCAGUGUUUGAAAAUAGUCACGAGCAGUCACGCACUGUCUGCACCAACAUCAAAGAGGCUGUGGAAAAGUCGGGCACGGUAAAGCGCCUGAUUCUUCUGAGCAGCAAGGGCGCAGAGUUUGAGAGUGGCGUUGGCGAAAUCCAUACCAACCAUCUGGCGGAGCAGACGCUCAAGGACACAAACGUGGAGGAGCUCCUCUUUGUCAGACCUUGCUAUUUCAUGGAUAACUGGACCGAGAUGACUGAAACUCUCCAAGGCGAUGAGCCUUUCUUCAUGUCAUCCAUCACACCCAUUGAUUACAAGUUUCCCAUGGUUGCCAACCAGGACAUUGGAACGGCGCUCGCCAUGGGCCUCACGUCCAGCUACGCCCCGCCAAAGAAGCCGUACAUCUUUGAAUUGCACGGGCCAGAAGAUUACAGUCCUGCAGACGUGCAAGCUGCCUUUGCUGCUGCACUGGGCAAACCCGUCAAGAUCCAACCCAUUGAGAAGGCAGACCUGGCUGGCUUCUUUAGCGAAUUCCUCCCGCCCAACGUGGUGCCAUCCUAUGUGGAAAUGACGGAGAGCAUCCUCCCAGAUGGUCGCAUUGGUGAAUCAGCUUCCUCGUCUGAAAAUGGUCCUGAUAUUGUCAGAGGAAAGACUAGUUUGAAUGAUGCUAUGAAGCAUGCGCUGGCUGGUACGGUGUAAGUCAACCCGUUACCCUACAGGGAGCCCAUCGCGGUGGCGGCGGUUCUUACGGCACGUAAUAUGUAAUAUGCAAGCUUAAAUUUCAUAAUUGGUUAACCCGUCAUAAUAUAUUAACUGUGAUAACGGUUUAAA